AGUAGACUAGCAUUCUCAAGGUGCAUUCAAUGGCUACAGCUUUAGACACAUUCGUAGUGAAUUGUGUAGAUGUAGUGUCACAUUGCCAUCAUAUCGCUGCACUAGGCACUCAACAUGGUGAAGCUCGGCUGCCUCCGCUCCUGGUUGCGCGGGAAGCGUGGCAACAAGGUCAUCGAGGACAGCCUUGUCGACGAUGAAGCGUACUUCGCCCUUGCACAACAAAGGCUGUCGAAAAAAGUUGCCUUGUCUAAGCGGGAAGUCGACGGGGAAUGGACGGAGCUGAAGAAAAGCAUCAUCUCUCAAAUCAUGAUGAUCUGCACCGACGACACCGACUUAGAUACCGACAGCAUCUCCCGAUUGCAGGACCAGGUACUUACCCCGCUAUCUACGGCCGUCGACGGUCGGAAAAUCACACAGGUUCUUCAACUGGUCACCGAACUGCAAACCAAUGCGCAUUUGAACCGGAAGUGGGUCGUGCAGCCGAAAAAGCUCGAGAGGGUCAAGACGCGGGCGGCUGGGUUACAGCUGGCGGAAGUGCGGUUGUCUGUUUGGAAGCGGUUGGAAUCCAGCGUGAAGACCAUUCAGGAAGCCUGUAGCGACGGGCCUUUCGACGCCUGGCCGACGCUGGAGCCGUGGAUUCGAUUUGCAGAGGAGAAGCUGAAGCUCGGAACAUCCAGCGCGGCUUCGUCGGCAAUAAGUUCGGGUGCGAAGAGUAGUACCUCGAAAAGCUCUUCUUCGCUAAGCAGCAAUCACUCGCAACUACAGGCGCGGUUCGAUCGAAUUCUAGACUUGGAUGACAUUCACGCCUGCGCGCGACCCCGGUCCAAGAGUGUUGGUGGUGGAAGCAAUUCGGUGCAAAUGAGCAGCACGGGCAAAACACUGCUCGCGGCGUCGGCUGAAAUGGCUUCCGAUCAGUCAGAGCAGAACAAGAGAUCAUCCUCAAGUGCAUCGAAUGCCGGCUCGCGCCCGGGCUCUCGCGGCACCACCAGCAGGAUGGGGGACGGAGCCGACUUGAUGCAGCGCUCGGGGAGAAGUAACGGCAAUGCCGGCACAGAUGUUGACCAAUCAGAUUCUCGUCGAGCACCAAAAGUUCCUGGAUUACAGCAGUUGAGGACCUCCAACAUAAAGCAGCUCCAGUCGUCGCCCGACGAAAAAAACAUCACGGGAAAGUCGAAAACAAGCUCGUUGUCCCGGCGAAGCACGCCGUCGAAGAACGCAGUCUCUCCUGAGGUGCUGAUUGAUGAGGACGAUGAUGAUGCGGACUUUGCGUUUGACGUUCCCUACACGGCGAGAAGCAAUCGCAGUAACAUCUACGAGGUCUUGGAACAGGAGCGAAAAACGAAAUUUGACCCGAACAUCCUGAAACAGCACGAUAUCGAUCGGAUCAGAAGAAGUCGACAGCAGGGAGAGACCGCAAGCACGCCGCGGGCGAGAAGCAGCAGGCACGCGAGCUCUGGUAUUCCUAUUCGUAUUGAAGAGCGAUGAUGUUUUGAGCGAUGAAACCAGCUGCAGGCUGAGCAUUCUUUGAUGUUGUGAUAGAUUCAUUCUGUUUCAGCUGCAAAAAGCUUCCAUGCAUCUACUUCUGCAAUCGCAAUCCUUCUCCAAUGCCCAUUCCCAUUCUUUCAGAACGCGAUGCCGGCAGCAGUCCGCCGUUGCCACGUAUUCCGACUCCUCGGCGAAGUACUUCCUCUAACUCCGGGCCCCCGCAACAGCCAAGUGAAUGUAAACCACCGCGGCCAGGAGCAGGACCAGAAAAAAAGGAUGGUUCUCAACCGGUUAAGCCGCCGAUUAAUCCAGUGCCAUUGCGACCCUUCUCGGCAAGGAGUACCUUUUCUUUUGAUGCUCACACUUUCAUCUGUUGCAGUUGCUGGCCUGCUAUCCGUAAUUGCUAUAUUCCAAGAUGAGGAUAUGGGUUGCGACAAAAACAUAAACAAUCUAAUACUGAUUCUCCAGGUAUUCGCAUCGCGGAGGCGCUUUCCGCGAACCCAAAUCCCAAUGCAGAUUCGCAAAAAUCGAAACGCCCGAUGAGCGCUGGCAUGUUUGCGUUCCGGCGUUUCGUCAAUGGGUCCGCUCCGAGUUCCGAGGCUGGCACGCGCGCGGCUGCAGAACAGGAGCUGGGACCUGGGCAGCACUUUCCCGGCCAAGGUUCCAGCAGUAGCAGCUCAUCUGGACCCGGAACUACUUCUACCGAAUCGAAAUCCAACCAUGAUCCCGCAGACAGCGCGUCGGGGAUUUUCUCGGGCUACAAACCGCCACCGGCGAAUGCAAACAGUGAACGACCACGAAAAAGCUCGCCGAUUGCGUCCCCGGACAGACCACCAAGGCCGGAGCAAAGCAGCAAAGCCCGAACAGCGGACCAAGUCGGCGGAAGAGGCAGUGGAGCGACGCCAGCUUCGCCGGAUGAUUUGAAUUCCCCACCACAAAACAACUCGAGCGAGGAGCCCCCUGCGUACUCGCGGCGCCGCAGCAAGAGCGCAGCAGCGGCCGCGGCCGGGAAGGAGUUUUACUUUCACCGAGAGUACUACACGUCGCGCGCUCCCGAGGCAGAGAGUCAGGACGCAGCAGGGCGCGGUGGUGCUGCCACGCCAAGCACCACGGCGACUCCCGAUGACAGAGAACCAGAGCGACCGAAAGAGCGAGUGAUCAAAGUGAACGUCACGCGCGCCUCUAACAUCGUCGAGGAGCAGCAGCAAGCGAGUGGCGAGCACGCAGCUGGUGGACUGCUGCCUCCGCGCGGCAGCACAAGGCCGCCGAUCUACAAGAAUCCAGGAACCACGGCCGCGUCGUCGAGUGCAAAGCCACCUCCUGCUCCGCCCGAGCAAGGCAGUGCUCAACAGUCGUCUUCUGACGCAGGAGCAUCUUCGUCUUCCUCCGCCUACAAUAAACCGCAACCGCAUGCCAGUCGACCUGCGAGUUCGAGCGUAUACCAAAACUCGACCCCGCGCAUGUCGACGACGCCCGGAACCGGUGGGCCGUCGCCGCACACGCCAUCGUCUUCCUACGAAGGAAGUUCGCCGCCGCCGUACAACGUAGAAACCCCGCGGGCUAUGCAAACUCCACGCGAGCACCCACGGGAAGUUGCGGCAAGGUAGAGACGAUCGAUGUUCAGAAUCAAAGUGACUUCAACUCUGUGCUUCUGUGUAGGUGCAUUGGUUUUGUGAUGUCAGUUCAGAAAGAUUCCAAAUUCGUAUCCCUUCCGUCGUACAGGAUGUUCGCAGCGGCGCGAGAAGCGGGGGUGCGGAUGAAUCGACCACAAAGUGCGCGCCCACCAACAGCGGCACCACCGUCGCAGCAGCAUGCGCAGCCGCCGAGUGCUUCGAGACCAGACGAGUCCUCGUCGAGCUCAUCUCGACCCGGUAUGUUCGCCUCAUUUUUUUUUGAAUCUUGCACUACUAGAAUUUGUGGUCUACUUUCAAGUUUAGGAUUAGAGCCCAGCGUACAAAUCAUUUCAACAAAACCACACAAAGGCCCGAGCCAGCAAUCGUAUCGUCACUCCGGACGUGAAUAUGUCACCUCGUCUUCCUCGAGUAGUUCUACUACGCACGCUCAACAACAAGAACCCCGCACUGAAUACGACCAGUACUACCACCAGCGGAGUUCGUACUACCAAAAGAUGCACGAGGAACACGCCGCGCGCCGAUCCGCUUCGGCGGGCCGAACGCGAGGAGUGCGUGUCGAAUACAGCGACGGCAGUCAAAGAACCCGGUCCGGACACGGUCACGGGCACUUACCCGGAGGGGGUUCUCGCACACCAGCAGCUGCUUCCGGCAGUGACAAAGAAAACAACCAGCACAUCCCGAGGUUCGCGCAACAUCAGAUGCCGCCCCGCGCGCCGGACUCCGGGCGCAGCGACGGCUCCAACAUGGACUCGGCCCGCAGUGCGGGCGGCGGCUUUUUUCCCCAUUCGGAUUGGUUCCGCAGGAGCGAGCGGGAGCGCGAGGAGCAGCGCUACGCGGACCGACGCGACCAGGAGGAAAAAGACCUGCGCGAGAAACUCCGACAGCAAAAGGAGUACGAGCGGCAGCGACAAGCGCAGGCGGAGGCGGCGCGGAAAGCCCGCGAGCAGUAUUUUAACAACCAGCAAGAGCAGCGACGGCACUCCUCUGGCAGUGCCUCGGGAUCCUCGUCUUCUCGCAGUAGCAAGCGGAUGUCGGGCGCCGAGCGGCAGGACGCGCUUCGCUGUCUCGGGCUGGACGGAUCGAAGAUUCCAACCGCAGAAGACUUGAAACAGGCGUACAGGUACGAUCCUGGACCUGGUCGAAGUGUAGUUACAGUUAGUUUACUUUCAGAUUUCUUUUUUUUGUCAUCACACGUCGGCGCGCGCACGAGGCUAGAAGUUAGUUUGCAUCACUGUGUCGCAACAAUCUAUCCCAAAAAUCAACACAGGCGUAAGGCGAUGGAAUGGCACCCGGAUCGGGCACAGAACCACGAUAAGCAGGAGUACGCGAGUGACAUGUUCAAAAAAGUGAAGUCCUGCUACGACCGCUUGUUGGACGAAAACGGCAGCGGGAAAGAAAACCAGACUCCCACCGCGCCGACGCAACACCGGAGUUACAGUAUGAAUCCGAACCGCGGACACGGUGGAUUCCGCAUCUAGCGAGUGUGUGCUUCAGCUCAUCUUGCUUUCGAGAAUGAAUCGUUGAAAGUCUCAAUAAGAAUGAUUCGUGUUUUCACGACGACCAGUAUAGUCCUUACAACUUGAACUUACGAAAACCAAUAACCCUGAACUUUUCAAAUCAAAAUAACACUUUAGACAAAUGUCGUUGGUAGGUGUCGGUGUGUGAACACUCGAAUAGAUUACUUUCAAAUGUAGGAUUUUGAGUAUGCUAUGACAAUGAAAAACUUGAAGUUUUGAAAGCUUCGCGUUUCUACACGCUACUCGCGGCCACGAAAUGAACUUUACCCAGAUAGUACAAGCACUUCACGAACGACACCACUCUCGAUCAAGCCUUCGCCAGUCUUUUCUUUUUCUCACCAACUAGGAAACAAUGUCAACGAUAUACCACACUACCACUAGAACUUCUCGUAUAGGUAUUCAAAUGUAAAAUCAAAAUCUAGCAAAUCUAUCAGAAUGUUGAAUAACUACGAUGACGACAACACAAAGAGGAAUGCGAACGUCCCGUGGAACAUCAAGAAGAUACUUCCACUCUUUCUUUGAAAUGAACUGGAGCUUUUUUUUGUUGAAACUC